AUCACAAUAGAACAAUGUUUUCAGAGAGCCAUGAAAAGACUCCUCGACUUCAUAACACCUCUUGCUUUGCUUAACGUUGACAUUAAAUGACUUCAAAUACUUUUAAUCAAUCAAAAUUCAUUCCGACUCCUCCCGAAAAAGGCAGUUUUCCGUUGGAUCACGAAAGCCUGUGCAAGAAGUAUUAUUUAUUGUACAUGCGAUGCCUACGGCGUAGUGACGAUCAAAGUUCAGAGUGCCGCAAAGAAGCUCAAGAUUAUCUUGGAUGCCGCAUGAAAAAUCAGCUUAUGGAAGAGGUUGAAUGGUCAAAACUUGGAUUUGAAGAUACAACAAAACAGAAGCAAAAUGAAUCGCCAGGAAAAUAACGACAUUAAGAAGGACAAAAAUCUGAUUCUGGCUUGCACUGGAAGUGUAGCCACAAUAAAAUUACCUGUACUAAUUGAAAAACUGCAAACACUUGAUUCGGAAUUUAAUUUUAAUGUCAGUUGUAGUGCAAAUAUAAUGACAAUAAAUUA